AGAAGCCAUAUGAAUGCAUGGAGUGUGGAAAGAGUUUCUCUAAUAAUACAUGCCUUAUAAAUCAUAAAAGGAUCCACACAGGGGAGAAGCCAUAUAAGUGCCUGGAGUGUGAAAAGAGCUUUCGUACUAGGAGUAAACUUACGUCCCAUAAAAGGAUCCACACAGGUGAGAAACCGUAUAAAUGCAUGGAGUGUGGAAAGAGCUUCAGAAUGAGGAGUAAGCUUAUUCAGCAUAAAAGGAUCCACACAGGGGAGAAGCCAUAUAAGUGCCUGGAGUGUGAAAAGAGCUUUCGUACUAGGAGUAAACUUACGUCCCAUAAAAGGAUCCACACAGGGGAGAAACCCUAUAAAUGCAUGGAGUGUGGAAAGAGCUUCAGAAUGAGGAGUCAGCUUAUUCAGCAUAAAAGAAUCCACACAGGAGAGAAGCCAUAUAAGUGCCUGGAGUGUGGAAAGAGCUUUAGUCGGAAGAGUCAACUUACUUCCCAUGAAAGGAUCCAUACAGGGGAGAAACCACAUGAAUGCACAGAGUGUGGAAAGAGCUUCAGAAGAAGCAGUCAUCUUAUUUCUCAUAAAAGGACCCACAGAGGGGAAAAACCAUAUAAAUGCAUGGAGUGUGGAAAGAGCUUUACUACUAGCAGUAAUCUUAGUUCCCAUAAGAGGACCCACACGGGAAAAGUCAUUAAAAUGCAUGAAGUGUGAAAAGAGCUUUCGUACUAGGAGUGAAUGUACUUCCCAUGAAAGGAUCCAUACAGGGGAGAAACCACAU